GGCUGUGUCGGGUUACGAGGGGGGAGAAUAACGUCGGGUCGGGUCAGCGGGCGCUGCAGUAGUCGCCGCAGCGGCGAUGGGAGCGGUGGGGACUAGGCGGCGGCGGCGGCAGGAGGGGGAGCAGGUGCUGGCACAAGAGCAGCGGCUUGGGGGAGCCGGCAGCAGCAGUAACAGCAGCAGCAGCAGCCGCCGCCGCCGCCAGUAAACGCGGACGGUACCCCAGGGGACUACCCAGCCGGCCGGCCCUGGAAGCCGCGCUCGGGUCCCGCCGCAGUCGGCGGUGGGGGAUGGGCAGGCAGUGGCGGUCCCGCCUGCCGAGGGUUAACCCCCGCCGGUCCCGGUCCUGAGCUGGACCAGAGCCCUCCUCCAGAAACCCCUGCGUCCGCCACGGCCCAGGUAGGACACACCCCCCCCGACCCCCCAGGGCGCCGCCCUCCCCCAGUCUCGACCCCCUCCUCCGGCCGCACCCCUCGCCGAGUGACCGAGCCUGCUGAGGAGGGGAGGGGUACCGGGGACUUUCAGGUCGCUGCAAGCCCGGGGCUCGUGCCAGACCCCGUCACUCUCCAUCUCGGAGAUCGUUCUGGUUCUGCCCGAUUUCCCCGAAGGCUGCCGCCCCGUUUUGCCCCAGGCUUUGGUGUCUUCACUGAACUUGGAGGGUCACGAAGCUUCGUUCUGCGUCUCUCUCUGUGGGUGACCCACAUAUCACUUGUACCCAUGCCACUUCUGGUACCAGCACCGAACACGAAGGAUUCCUAGGAAAUCUGAGCGCUUAUUUCCCACCCCGCCUCCCCAACUAUAAUGGAAAGGAACAUGGGACUACUGAAUCUGUUUGCUGUGUUGUAACGACAGUGAAGGCCGCGACUUUCUUGUACUUAGGGUGCUGAAGUAAUGAUCUGAGGGAUUUGCUCGUCAUUUGCUGUGGCAGAGAUGAUGUUGACACCCUGGGAUGCUGUGGGAGGGACAAAAGACUCACGUAUAUGUUCUGUCAAAUCGGAGAAGUAAAUAAUCCAUUGGGAUGCCAGGAUACUUUAUUCUACAGCGAAGUUAAUUUUGUAUCUGUCGAGGCUACAGUAGAGGUUAAAUGGAAACCACGCUUGGGAACUGGAUGCCUGUGUAGCUGUUCUACCAUAUCAGUGUAUUGCAAUGAGCGGGGGAGGAGAGCAGCCGGAUAUCCUGAGUGUUGGAAUCCUAGUGAAAGAAAGAUGGAAAGUGGGAAAGACCAUGUUUGUAGAUUUAUUGGCUGUGGGAGGAAUGAUCGAUUCAACUAUGUGGUCAUGCAGUUGCAGGGUCGGAAUCUGGCAGAUCUUCGCCGUAGCCAGUCCCGAGGCACAUUCACAAUUAGUACUACUCUCCGGCUGGGUAGACAGAUUUUGGAGUCUAUUGAAAGCAUUCAUUCUGUGGGAUUCUUGCAUCGAGACAUCAAACCGUCGAACUUCGCUAUGGGUCGCUUUCCUAGUACCUGUAGAAAAUGUUACAUGCUUGAUUUUGGCUUGGCUCGACAAUUUACCAAUUCCUGUGGUGACGUCAGACCACCUCGAGCUGUGGCAGGUUUUCGAGGGACAGUUCGUUAUGCAUCAAUCAACGCACAUCGGAACAGGGAAAUGGGAAGACAUGAUGACCUUUGGUCUUUAUUCUACAUGUUGGUGGAGUUUGUGGUUGGUCAGCUGCCCUGGAGAAAAAUAAAGGACAAGGAGCAAGUAGGCUCUAUUAAGGAGAGAUAUGACCACAGGCUCAUGUUGAAACAUCUCCCUCCAGAAUUCAGCAUCUUUCUAGACCAUAUCUCUUCUUUGGAUUAUUUUACAAAACCAGACUACCAGCUUCUUACAUCCGUGUUUGACAAUAGCAUCAAGACUUUUGGAGUAAUUGAGAGUGACCCUUUUGACUGGGAGAAGACUGGAAAUGAUGGCUCCCUAACAACCACCACUACUUCUACCACCCCUCAGUUGCACACUCGCUUGACCCCUGCUGCAAUUGGAAUUGCCAAUGCUACUCCCAUCCCUGGAGACUUGCUUCGAGAAAAUACAGAUGAGGUAUUUCCAGAUGAACAGCUUAGCGAUGGAGAAAAUGGCAUCCCUGUUGGUGUGUCACCAGAUAAAUUGCCUGGAUCUCUGGGACACCCCCGUCCCCAGGAGAAGGAUGUUUGGGAAGAGAUGGAUGCCAACAAAAACAAGAUAAAGCUUGGAAUUUGUAAGGCUGCUACUGAAGAGGAGAACAGCCAUGGCCAGGCAAAUGGUCUUCUCAAUGCUCCAAGCCUUGGGUCACCAAUUCGUGUCCGCUCAGAGAUUACUCAGCCAGACAGAGAUAUUCCAUUGGUGCGAAAGUUACGUUCCAUUCACAGCUUUGAGCUGGAAAAACGUCUGACCCUGGAGCCAAAGCCAGACACUGACAAGUUCCUUGAGACCUGCCUGGAGAAAAUGCAGAAAGAUACCAGUGCAGGAAAAGAAUCUAUUCUCCCUGCUCUGCUGCAUAAGCCUUGCGUUCCUGCUGUGUCCCGUACUGACCACAUCUGGCACUAUGAUGAAGAAUAUCUUCCAGAUGCCUCCAAGCCUGCUUCUGCCAACACCCCUGAGCAGGCAGAUGGUGGUGGCAGCAAUGGAUUUAUAGCUGUUAACCUGAGCUCUUGCAAGCAAGAAAUUGAUUCCAAAGAAUGGGUGAUUGUGGACAAGGAGCAGGACCUUCAGGAUUUUAGGACAAAUGAGGCUGUAGGACAUAAAACAACUGGAAGUCCUUCUGAUGAGGAGCCUGAAGUACUUCAAGUCCUGGAGGCAUCACCUCAAGAUGAAAAGCUCCAGUUAGGUCCUUGGGCAGAAAAUGAUCAUUUAAAGAAGGAAACCUCAGGUGUGGUCUUAGCACUUUCUGCAGAGGGUCCUCCUACUGCUGCUUCAGAACAAUAUACAGAUAGGCUGGAACUCCAGCCUGGAGCUGCUAGUCAGUUUAUUGCAGCGACGCCCACAAGUCUAAUGGAGGCGCAGGCAGAAGGACCCCUUACAGCGAUUACAAUUCCUAGACCUUCUGUGGCAUCUACACAGUCAACUUCAGGAAGCUUUCACUGUGGUCAGCAGCCAGAGAAGAAAGAUCUUCAGCCCAUGGAGCCCACUGUGGAACUUUACUCUCCAAGGGAAAACUUCUCUGGCUUGGUUGUGACAGAGGGUGAGCCUCCUAGUGGAGGAAGCAGAACAGAUUUGGGGCUUCAGAUAGAUCACAUUGGUCAUGACAUGUUACCCAACAUUAGAGAAAGUAACAAAUCUCAAGACCUGGGACCAAAAGAACUUCCUGAUCAUAACAGACUGGUUGUGAGAGAAUUUGAAAAUCUCCCUGGGGAAACUGAAGAGAAAAGCAUCCUUUUAGAGUCAGAUAAUGAAGAUGAGAAGUUAAGUAGAGGGCAGCAUUGUAUUGAGAUCUCCUCUCUCCCAGGAGAUUUGGUAAUUGUGGAAAAGGUUCACUCAGCUACUACUGAACCUCUUGAUGUGACAAAAACACAGACUUUUAGUGUGGUGCCAAAUCAAGACAAAAAUAAUGAGAUAAUGAAGCUUCUGACAGUUGGAACUUCAGAAAUUUCUUCUAGAGACAUUGACCCACAUGUUGAAGGUCAGAUAGGCCAAGUGGCAGAAAUGCAAAAAAAUAAGAUAUCUAAGGAUGAUGACAUCAUGAGUGAAGACUUGCCAGGUCAUCAAGGAGACCUGUCUACUUUUUUGCACCAAGAGGGCAAGAGAGAGAAAAUCACCCCUAGAAAUGGAGAACUAUUUCAUUGUGUUUCAGAGAAUGAACAUGGUGCCCCAACCCGGAAGGAUAUGGUUAGGUCAUCCUUUGUAACUAGACACAGCCGAAUCCCUGUUUUAGCACAAGAGAUAGACUCAACUUUGGAAUCAUCCUCUCCAGUUUCUGCAAAAGAAAAGCUCCUCCAAAAGAAAGCCUAUCAGCCAGACCUAGUCAAGCUUCUGGUGGAAAAAAGACAAUUCAAGUCCUUCCUUGGCGACCUCUCAAGUGCCUCUGAUAAAUUGCUAGAGGAGAAACUAGCUACUGUUCCUGCUCCCUUUUGUGAGGAGGAAGUGCUCACUCCCUUUUCAAGACUGACAGUAGAUUCUCACCUGAGUAGGUCAGCUGAAGAUAGCUUUCUGUCACCCAUCAUCUCCCAGUCUAGAAAGAGCAAAAUUCCAAGGCCAGUUUCAUGGGUCAACACAGAUCAGGUCAAUAGCUCAACUUCGUCUCAGUUCUUUCCUCGGCCACCACCAGGAAAGCCACCCACGAGGCCUGGAGUAGAAGCCAGGCUACGCAGAUAUAAAGUCCUAGGGAGUAGUAACUCCGACUCAGACCUUUUCUCCCGCCUGGCCCAAAUUCUUCAAAAUGGAUCUCAGAAACCCCGGAGCACUACUCAGUGCAAGAGUCCAGGAUCUCCUCACAAUCCAAAAACACCACCCAAGAGUCCAGUUGUCCCUCGCAGGAGUCCCAGUGCCUCUCCUCGAAGCUCAUCCUUGCCUCGCACAUCUAGUUCCUCACCAUCUAGGGCUGGACGGCCCCACCAUGACCAGAGGAGUUCGUCCCCACAUCUGGGGAGAAGCAAGUCACCUCCCAGCCACUCAGGAUCUUCCUCCUCCAGGAGGUCCUGCCAACAGGAGCAUUGCAAACCCAGCAAGAAUGGCCUGAAAGGAUCCAGCAGCCUCCACCACCACUCAGCCAGCACUAAAACCCCCCAAGGGAAGAGUAAGCCAGCCAGUAAACUCAGCAGAUAGGAGCCAGGCUGCAUCUCUUUGAAAGUUUAAAUCCUGAGGAAUCAAUGCCCAGCAUUUCACCACAUCUGGACUCUGUGUGGGCAUUCUUCACUCGCCUACAAGGGGUAAACAAGGCUACCAGAACUUGAAUUUGACUUAUAGGGAGCUACCCAGGAAGGGGAAAGCCCUUGGGACUUUUUCCAAAACAAUCUUCUCUUUGAACUGUUCAUCAGACAAAGUAGUCCACUGAGGUGACAGAGCUUUCAGAAAUACAAAGAUGGGAAGAUAAAGGUAACACUGGCCCACUUGGGGCUUUGACAUUGGAUUGGGUGGACUGAAUAAACACAGCCUAGGUGGCCUGGGCUUGAGCCUCGCUUACUUCUCCUUGAUACAUAGUUCCUGGUCUACCUUCUGACCCUUUUUCUAAAAUAGCCAGUGUCUAUUUCACUAGGCCAUUUACUUUACAAGUUCCCAGCUUUUAGGGAAAAAAGAGGGAGGGGGGAGCAUCUAGUUUUGAAUUAGAUAUACAUCUUAGAAGUAAUGAGCUAUUGGCAGCUGUUAAAUCAGAUUCAGCCGCAAACCAGAAUUCUUUCUUGUUGAACAAGACCAGUGAGUUAGAUGACUUUAAUAAUUCCACUUUUCUCUCCCUCUCUUCUCCUCUUCCUGAAAUCAGAGAGAUGAGAAACUACUCUUUGAAAUACCUCCAGAGGCGUUUUAUUGUGUUCCUUUCCCCUCCAAGCAGCUCCCUUUAUACAAUUUUGCUCAGGCAACCAAGGACAGAGUAUCGGCAGAAACAUGGAGUGCUUUUGUAUAGGCCACCUGUACAUAAAAGUGUAAUUAUUUAUUUAAUUUUCCCAUUUGUAUCAUAUUAAAGCUUUGUACAGUGUUUUAAGUUCUGUUUUAAAAUUAUUUUGUAUUUUAUUUUUAUAACCUAGUAAUAAAAUAUUCAUUCCGCAUGCAAAA